CGUCAUCUAGCGACCAUGCGCUUGUGUAAUCUCGCGUUAUUUCAGAGGACUUCUCGUGUUUCCGCCAUCCUUGUCGCUCUUUGCAGAAGGGCACGAAGAGGCCGAAACAAGGGUGCCCGGCGUAGCAAGAUAUUGGCACAUCAUCAUUUAAAAAUGCUGUCCAGGCUCGUGUUGGUCUCUGCCAGCUCCCUGAAAGGCUGUGGCCCUAUUGGAGCAGGGCUGGUCCACGCAUCUCGUUCCCUGCACACAUCAUCCCAGAGUUUGGCCCCAGUGCCCCCUCUGCCAGAAAAGGGAGGCAAAGUCCGCCAUGGCCUCAUCCCAGAGGAGUUUUUCCAGCUGUUGUAUCCCAAAACUGGAGUCACAGGACCCUACAUGCUGGGUACCGGGCUCAUCCUCUACUUGCUUUCUAAAGAAUUGUACGUCAUCAACCAUGAGACCUUUGCAGCUGCCUCCAUUGGAGCCAUCAUCAUUUAUGGUGUCAAGAAAUUUGGUCCAAGUGUUGCAGCUUUUGCUGACCAACUGAAUGAUGUAGGUUUCACAACAGAAAAAAUGGCCAUGGCCCAGGAAGUGAAGGACCAUUCCAUAUCCAGCCUGACUCAGGCCAUUGAGGAUGAGAAGAAGGAACAGUGGAGAGUAGAGGGAAGAUCAAUGCUGUUUGACGCCAAGAGGAACAAUGUGUCCAUGCUGUUGGAGACCAACUACAGAGAGAGGCUACACAUGGUGACCAAUGAGGUGAAGAAGCGAUUGGACUAUCAGAUUGCCCUGCAGAACCUCCACCGUCGGAUGGAGCAGGAGCACAUGGUCAACUGGGUGGAGAAGAACGUCAUUGGCAGCAUUACUCCACAGCAGGAGAAGGAAAGCAUCGCCAAGUGCAUCACAGACCUGAAGGCACUGGCCAAAGCCACCCAGGCCAAGGCUACAGCCUAA